AUCCCUCGGUAAAAUGAGCUUAAAUUCAAGCUUCAAGUGAAUGUAUGUAACAUACCUUUUGAAGCAAACAUAUCUUUGACGAACUGUUAUAGGAAUUCGUUUAGAGAUUGGCCUAUCGUCUUAGAUAAACUGUUAGCACACCAAGGAGAAAAUACACACGUUCAUUUUCUUCUCACGUUUUCAGUUCAAAAUGCUCUCUUGUGCAAUCAGAAGAAACAUCCAUGCGGUGUACAAGGGCAGGCAAUGGAACCUCCUGCAACAUGCGUGUGGCACGUCUGUAGGCUCAAAUAGAACCUCCAGUACAGUAGGUUGGUACUCUCGGCUCUCCAAAACUUGCUCUGAGCGACUGCUUAUCUGUCCCCCUGCAUCUGACCUGGUAAGAGUCCAGGCAUUCCACCAAUGUGCACAGAGGGAAAAGAAACACAAGCCAGAGGAGCCAGGUCAACGAGAGCUUGACCUCCUGCGCUAUGAUAUGCGGGACAUAAAGAACACCCCCAAACCAGCGCUCUACCUGGGACUGUCUGGCCUCAUUCCUUUUGUGUCUGCUCCAUUACUCAUGGCCGUCAUGGAGACAUAUAUCCCUGAGGUGGCAUUUGCCCAUGUGGCAUAUGGAGCUUCCAUAGUGUCCUUCCUCGGUGGAGCUCGGUGGGGUUUUGCCCUACCUGAAGGCAGUCCGGCCAAACCUGAUUGGCUGAACCUAGCCAACAGUGUGGUUCCUUCUUUGAUUGCAUGGGUAGCGCUACUGGCCAGUGAUGACAUCACACAAGCAGGCAUUUUGGUGAUAAUGGGUCUUGGUAUCUCCCUGCAUUACGACCUUUCCCUCCUCCCCACCUAUCCCAGCUGGUUCAAAGCCCUCAGAACUAUCCUUACAACCGUAGCUGUCUUCUCUCUCGUUGGCACGCUCAUUAUCAAGACGGCGUACCCAGAGAAGAGAUACCUGACACAGAAAAAAUAAUGUAUAUAUUAAUUUUACUCAA